CACGUGUGCUGCACUUGAUAGAGUGCUAGGUUUGGGGGCUCUGAUGGGAAAUCAGACACGACAGCUGUGGUCCUCUGCUUCUAAUGUUGAGAACCUGUGGAACUGACGGGAUCGUCCACAGACAGGAUCUGACCAUCAUGCUGCCUACAUUACUAAUUCUUGUGGGGGCUUGGGCAAUAUUGCAAGCUGACUUACUUUCUGACAGAAAGGUUUUACUUCUACCACCUGUCAAUUUUACCAUUAAAGCCACCGGAUUAGCUCAAGUUCUUUUACACUGGGACCCAAAUCCUGACCAAGAGCAAAGGAAUGUUGAUCUACAGUAUCAUGUGAAAAUAAAUGUUCCACAAAAAGAUGAAUAUAAUACCAGGAAGACUGAAAGCAAAUAUGUGGCCCCCCUUCAUAAUGGCUUUGGAGCUAAUGUGAGGAGCAUCUUAUGGAGAAGCAACUCUUUCCUGGCCAGCAAUUGGGUUUCUGCUGAACUCAAAGCUUCACCAGGGUCUUCUGGAACUUCGGUUAUUAAUUUAACUUGCAUCACAAACACUGUCCUGAGCAGUCACACCCACUUAAGGCCGUACCAAGUGUCGCUUCGCUGCACCUGGCUUGUUGGCAAGAAUGCCCCUGAGGACACACAGUAUUUCCUGUACUAUAGGUUUGGUGUUUGGACUGAAGAAUGUCAAGAAUACAGCAGAGAUACACUGAACAGAAAUACUGCAUGCUGGUUUCCCAGGACAUUUAUCAACAGCAAGGGGUUUGAGCAGCUUGCAGUGCAUGUUAAUGGCUCAAGCAAGCAUGCUGCAAUCAAGCCCUUUGAUCAGUUGUUCACUCCACAUGCCAUUGAUCAAGUGAAUCCUCCAAUGAAUGUCACAGUUGGAAUUGAAGAAACUUCCCUUUAUAUCCAAUGGGAGAAACCAGUUUCUGCCUUUCCAGUCCAUUGCUUUAGUUAUGAAUUGAAAAUUUACAACACAAAGAAUGGUUACUUUCAGAUGGAAAAACUGGCCACCAACAAAUUCAUCUCAAAAAUUGAUGAGGUUUCUACAUAUUCCAUUCAAGUAAGAGCAGCUGUGAGCUCAUCUUGCAGAGUAUCUGGGAGCUGGGGCGAGUGGAGUCAACCUAUUUAUGUGGGAAAGGAGAAGAAGCCCUUGGCAGAAUGGCAUCUCAUUGUGUUUCCAGCAACCGCCUGCUUCAUCUUGUUAAUUUUCUCACUCAUCUGCAGAGUGUGUCGCAUAUGGAUCAAGUUAUUCCCACCAGUUCCAGCCCCUAAGAGCAACAUCAAAGAUCUCCUUGUGGUGACUGAUUCUGAGAAUGCUGCUUGGAAUGAAACCAAAAUUGAAGUUGUAAGUUGUGUGGAAGAAGCUGGAUUUGAAGUCAUGGAAAAUUCCGUGUUUUGAUGGCAUUGCAACAUUCUGAAUAGAAUUUAUACAGGACUCCAUUAUAAAAGCAAGGACUGAUAUUUCUUGGCAAGAAAGGACUGCAAAUGGAUAACAUUCAAUUUGGUUGCGAGGCAAUACAUCCAAACACACGAGUCUCCAAUGUCCCAUCUCUUAACAGGGGACAAACCUCAUCAAAGUCCCCUUGUUGACAGCAGGAAAAUGGGUCCAUCUGAAUACAGGCCUUGUUUUCCCACCCACAGUGCACAAAGUAUCACCCGGCCUGGUUAUACAGGCCAGUCUUUGCAACUUGCAUGACUUACCUUGAACGCUUUGCACAGGAGACAGUUUUUCAAGCUAAUGUCACACAUUUACUUUGGUUAGAGCUGCCUAUGGUAGCACUUUGAACUACAGUGACAGAAAGAAAGAGUGGAACCCAUCCAGAGUGAACAUAAAUUCAAGACUGUCUUUCCCACAGCAAGUGGGAGCCAUAAUUUCAUGGUGCUCCUUCUC